AUGCCGCCAAUCAUGCCAGAUGUUGUUGUCGCAGCGUUGCCUGUCGCCAAUGCUCACCAUUGUUGUUGUCAUCACUGCUGCAUGUCGAUGUUUACUGCUGCCGCUAUCAUCACCGUCACCGCUGCUGGUGUCACUGUCUCUGCUGGUGUUGUGAUCUUCACCGAGUCUCCUACUCUUUGUGAUAAGCGCUUCAUCGAGGCUGUCAAGGGAUGCACCAUGCAGCUUCUUAACUUCGGUGACGCCAUCGCUAUUUGUCGGUGCUCGUCAGAGAAGAUCUUUUGCAUCCUUGGCAUGUAUGAGGCACUCUCUGGUAUGAUGUUGGAACUCCGCAGUAUGCUCCCUGUUGAGCACGGGGAGCUCCUUCUCACUGAGGCCGAGGAGAUAUUGACUAGGCUCGGGGAUACAACUAAAGGGACCUUUAAUGAAUUUGGCAAUGAUGGCCAAAAUGAGAAUUCAAAGAAGACAAUGCCAAAUAGUGGCGUACUCUAUGUGAUGAAUAAUCAUGUGCUCUUGGUUUCUUAUAAGGAUUCUCUUGGUUUCCUCCUUGAUGGGAACUCCCUUGAUGAUAGGAAUCACCCAGAAGGCAUUGAACAACGAGAUGGAAAUGGUGGUUUUGGUCUUGUGAGUCCCACUGCUCGUCGUUUACUUGCUUGCAUCUCAUAUUUGGAGGCCAAUCUUGAGGAAAAGAAAUCAAAAUUUUAG